AUGUUGACAUCUGAAUCUUACAUUGAAGAAUCUUCAUCAUCAGCUUCUGAAGUUGAAGAAGUAUCAGAUUAUGAACUUGAAGUAGAGGAGUUUGAAUUGCUAUCGGAUGGAGCGUCUCAUGGCCAUGUUUCUAGUGCUAGCAAGAAAAAUAUUGCUAGUUUAUCGGCACCUGAACCGUACGGUAAUGAGCCUAUUGCAGAUGAAGAAUGGGUUCAAAAUUAUGUAGAAAGAAAGGAAAAGAAAAAAGUUAACGUGAAUGCCCUGCAAGAGAGAUUGGACAAGAAAAUUCCCAUUACAGGUGAGUUAUAA